CAUUUCCUGCCGGUGAAUUUCACUCGAAGGGGCUUGUAGUUUUCACCAGAGCUCGACCGAGAGAAGGACGUCACACAAAAAACUACAUUCCCCGUGUGACGUUUCGCGGACUGAAGCCGGAAGUGGGCAGUCUAGUCGUGGAAAAAAGUUCUCAUGACUGUUUUCGUUUCAGAGUGAAAAGUUGUUCCUUUCUCGGCUCUCCUGAGUGUCUGGAGACGCUUCUGGAAGACUCCGCAGACAACACGGCACCGUGAAACUUCAGCUAAAACAAACACAAUGGGGAGUGAUGCACACCCGGUUCAGAUUGUGGACGUGAAUAAGGACGAUCACUCUUUCACGUUGAACACCGAGGCUUUAGCUCAGAUUCUGCUGGACCCGGCGGUCCGAGACAAACAUGUGGUGGUUCUGUCGGUGGCCGGCGCCUUCAGGAAGGGGAAAAGCUUCUUACUGGACUUCAUGCUCCGCUACAUGCACAGAAAGAGCGACAAUAACUGGCUGGGUCGGGAUGACGAGGAGCUGACUGGGUUUUCUUGGAGAGGCGGGUCGGAACCGGAGACGACGGGCAUCCAGCUGUGGAGCAAAGUUUUUACAGUUCAGAAGAGCGACGGGACGGAGGUGGCUGUGGUGUUGAUGGACACUCAGGGAGCGUUUGAUGACCAGUCCACAGUGAAGGACUGUGCCACCAUAUUUGCCCUCAGCACCAUGACCAGCUCAGUCCAGAUCUACAAUCUCUCACAGAACAUCCAGGAGGACGACCUGCAGCAGCUACAGCUGUUCACAGAGUAUGGCCGUCUGGCCAUGGAUGAGAUCUUUCAGAAGCCGUUUCAGUCGUUGAUGUUUCUGGUCAGAGACUGGAGUUUCCCUUAUGAAUACAACUACGGCUUCAAAGGUGGCAACCAGUUUCUGGAAAAACGGCUACAGGUUAAGGAGGCUCAACAUGAGGAGCUGCAGAAUGUGAGGGAACACAUUCAUUCAUGUUUCACCAAGAUCUCCUGCUUCUUGUUGCCUCACCCUGGCCUCAAAGUUGCCACCCACCCCGCUUUCCGGGGGCAGCUGAGAGAUGUUGCUGCUGAAUUCAAAACGGAGCUGCAGGCUCUGAUCCCCAGACUGCUGCAUCCAGACAACCUGGCUGAGAAGGAAAUGAACGGGAACAAAGUGACCUGCAGAGGCCUGCUGGAGUUCUUCAAGGCUUACAUUAAAAUCUACCAAGGAGAAGAUUUGCCUCAACCAAAGACGAUGCUCAUGGCCACAGCAGAAGCCAACAACCUGGCAGCCGUAGCAGCAGCUAAAGAUCAGUACCAGAAGAACAUGGAGAGGAUCUGUGGAGGAGAUCUGCCGUAUGUGGCUCCAGAGGCACUGGAGGAGAAGCAUAACUUCUUCCACGGAGAAGCCAUCCACAUGUUUGCAAACACAAAGAAGAUGGGAGGACAGGAGUUUUGCGAUCGCUACCAGGCUCAGUUGCAGAAGGAGCUGGACGAGAUGUGGCAGUCGCUUAGCAAGCAGAACGAGGCUAAGAACCUGUUCAGCGCCUUCCGGACUCCGGCGGUUCUCUUCGUGCUGAUGUGCCUCCUCUACAUCAUGUCGGGCGUGCUGCUCUUCGUCGGCCUGGCGACCUUUGCCCUGGUGUGCGACUGCGGCCUGGGACUGCUGAUGGUCGCCAUGUUGGUUUGGGCCUUCAUCCGCUACUCUGGCCAGUACCGCCCUGUGGGCGGAGCCAUCGACCAGGCUGCCGGCGUUGUCCUAGAACAGGCUACGGAGAUGUUGAACAAAUCGAGAGGAGCACCAGUGAGCAUCCAGAAGAAAUCCAGCUAGAGGCCUGAACGUCCGGCGGUCUCUAGUCCAGACAGACGAACCCAAGCACACUUCUAGCACUAAAGCCUUAUCCUCAUCAUCAUCAUCAUCAUCAUCAUCAUCAUCAUCAUCAUCAUCAUCAUCAUCAUCAUCAUCAUCAUCAUCCUCACUGGCCCUGGGUGACGACUGCCCCAUCCUGACUCACCAGCAUCAGAAACGGCCUGUUGCAGUCCAGGAACAUCCCAAAACAAAACCCUCUCUACAAGUUUACAGUUUGUCUUAACAGAAAAGUCAAUGUUUACCUUCACACCUCAUGGUUCAGUUUUUUAAGCCUUACCGGGCUGAGACAUGGGUCCACUUUGUAGUCCGUCUUCAAGAUGCUUCAAAAUGCAGCUUUAAAGCCUUUACAUUUACGCCUGCUUUUGUAGCUUCUUUUUUAUUUUCUCAUAGCCUUAAAAUAUUCAGUUCUCCUUGUAGAUUUGCUUUACAGAUGUUACAAGCUAGCAUUCCUUGGAAAUAUAAACAAGCAGAAAAAGAAACACACUUUCUCGGGAGCUUUGUGUCAUUGACACUAACUUCUAUUUUUAUUUAUUUUGUCUGUUAUACCCUUGAUGGAAACAUGCAGGGCAUUACAGAAUAAACCAGACGCAGCUUUUUCAGUUUUAGCUGAAAAAGAAAGUUCUGGAAUAAUGAGGUCAAAUCACCAGCAUACGAAAGCAAGCGAUCAGUCAGCCAAAGAGUUAGCUUUAAACGUCAUAAUUAAAUUAUACUGUUAUCUCUUCUACAUGUUGGUAUAAUUAAUUACCUGAACACAAAGCAACCACCGCCUUUAAAUACAAAAACACAAAAUAAAAAUUCUGAUUGUUGCAAAUCGUAUCAUCUUUGCAUCAAACGUCGUCAGUAAUAUUUAUAUGCACACGUUAUAAUCUGAGCUUUCAGGGAAUACUGAGGAACCACUCUAGCAUGUCUCUGUUGGUAUUUAAGCUUUUUCCUGAAGGUUUUCUUCCUCAUAAGAACCGAUUUAAUUACAGCUUGAACUGUCUGUGUGAAAUGUCCUACAUGUGGAGCAGAGGCUUCAUUGUUCUGCAUCUGCUGCUUGACUGAUCAGUUUUGACUUUUAGUUCUCAAACUGGAUUUACUUAGUUGUUUUUUGCAGCAAAUCAGAAGGAAUUUGGUGGCAGAUUAAAGGGCUGCUAUUAUUUGCAACAAUGUCCUCCAUUCCUGGGUAGAUUAAAUCUUUUUUUUUUUUUAAGUAUGAUAUGACUAGAGAAAUGAAACAGAAAGCAUUAGGUAUUUUAAAAAUAUCCAGUGUUUUGUGUAAUGGCAGCCAUAAUGUGCACUUUCACACCUGAUCAUAUUGUGUGCACACAAAGAUUAAAACUAGGGCUUUAUUCUUAGUGAAUGCAUGAAAUUAUAUAUGCAAGUCUGAAGUGUUCAGGGCCAAAAGUCACUAUUGAGAUGAUUUUUCACCAUUGUGCGGUUCUUUGUGUUUCUCUUUUUGUCCACUAGAGGGAGCUUGUGGACGUCUUACAAGCAGUUAUUUUUGCACUUUGCCUCUUUGGUGCUUGUUGCACACAUCUCAUUCCAAAUGUGGGAAACAAAUGCAUGCAAUAUUGUAGUAACAGCAAAUGUAACAAUCUCUUGCAUUGAUCUGAUGACCAUGACUUUGACAUAAUGCUGUUUUAUAAAGAAUAAACAGAGGUUCACACAGUU